CCCACCUCCAUCUCCAUGCGAUCUCCUCGGCCGGCGCGGCUAGCUGCCGUCGCGCUUCUCCUCGCGGCGCUCGCUGCGGCCGCGACCGCCACCGCCACCGCCGCCGCGGCCAGCAGGGACGGGUACGGGCGCGCGAGGAGGCUGCGCAUGAGGGGCAAGGUCGUCGAGAUGUUUUAUCAUGCUUAUGACAACUACAUGGCGUAUGCAUUUCCUCAUGAUGAAUUGAAGCCUCUUACUAAAGGCUUCACUGACUCCCUCAGUGAGCUGGGCAACCUAAAUCUUGAGCACUUGCCACAGGAUUAUAAUGGAUCAGCAUUGUCACUAGUUGAGUCAUUAUCAAGUCUUGUUGUCUUAGGUAACCUAACAGAAUUUGACAGAGGAGUUAGUUGGCUUUCAGAGAACCUAACUUUUGAUGUUGACGCUCGAGUUAAUCUUUUUGAGUGUAACAUAAGACUUCUUGGGGGGCUUAUUUCUGCUCAUAUUCUUGCAAAGGACUACAGCAGUCAGAACAAAGAUGGAGUAUAUCAGAACCAAUUACUACACCUUGCUGAAAAUUUAGGCAGGCGGUUUCUGCCAGCAUUUGAGACACCUACUGGAUUGCCGUAUGCAUGGAUCAACCUUAAGUAUGGAGUGAUGGAGAAUGAGACAACUGAAACAAGCACAUCGGGAUGUGGCUCCCUUAUCCUUGAAAUGGGUGCAUUGUCACGUUUGACCGGUGAUUCUAGAUAUGAAGCUGCAGCUCUUCGUGCUCUUCGCAAGUUAUGGAGUAUGAGAAGCUCACUGAAUCUUGUAGGCUCAACGCUAGAUGUUUUGUCUGGCAACUGGAUUGAAUAUUCGUCAGGCAUUGGUGCUGGAGUUGAUUCAUUUUAUGAGUAUUUGAUUAAGGCAUAUAUCCUUUUUGGAAGUGAUGAGUACUGGGAUAUGUUUCAUUCUGCUUACCUAGCAGUGCAGAAGUAUUUCCGACAUGGGCCAUGGUACCAUGAGGCUGAUAUCAGGACCGGAGAAGCAACACACUGGCAACUAACUAGCCUCCAGGCCUUCUGGCCCGGUGUUCAGACACUACUAGGAGAUGUUGCCGCUGCAAAUCUGUCACAUCGUGAAUUUUACAAUGUAUGGCAAAGGUUCGGCGUCCUUCCUGAAAGAUAUCUGUUAGACUACGGAAUUUUGCAUCCCACAGAGAAGUAUUAUCCUUUACGUCCAGAGUUUGCUGAGUCUACAUUUUAUCUUUAUCAAGCAACUAGAGAUCCUUGGUACCUAGAAGUGGGUGAAGCUAUAAUUGGAUCACUUAAUUACUACACCAAAGUGGAAGGAGGUUUUGCUAGUAUCAGAGAUGUUUCAACAAUGAACCUUGAAGAUCAUCAACACAGCUUCUUCCUUUCAGAAACGUGCAAAUACCUUUUUCUCCUUUACGAUGAUUCAUUCUUGAGGAACAAAAAUUAUAUAUUUACGACCGAGGGCCAUCCCCUUCCUGUAAUGAGCACUUGGCAUGAGAAAAUUCCUCGACUGGAUGUUCCCACCAAUUGGACAGUUGUUAAGGACGACAACCAACCGAUUCGUGCGAGCGCAUUGUCAUCCAAAGUCUGUCCAGAGACAAUUUUCCGGCAGAACGUUGGCUCCCCGUGGGAGAGUGCGUGCCACGUACCAGAUGUGUUCCCUAGCCACAAAUGCAGGGCCGACGAUGACUGUGGGAUAGAGUCAGUAACAUGCAAGAGGAGAACCUGCAGCAUGGCUGGCUACUGCGGCUUGUGGCUGGCGGUUUAUUAGCCAAUGUUGUUGGAGAGAUUAUACUUUCGCCAUUCGUUGACAGAAUGAUCAAAAUAAGGUAAACACCACCUUGAAAAUAGAAUGUUACCGGCCUGACAUUGUACA